AUGACACAAGAAUCUUCCAGAGAUUUCAACAAACCAAACUCUAUCAGAUUCAACGAUUUUAAAAUGCUAAAUAGGAACGAAGGUGCAUCGCGUUCGCCGGUCGCUGUAUUUCUCCGAAGAUCUAUACGGAAAUUGAGCAUUUGUUCUGAGAGAGAUGUCUGCUGGGUUUGGGGAAGUGCCAAACAGGUCACCCCAAUCCCCAUCUUGUUCAAACCCUAACAAUUCCAACAAUGGCGAUCCAGGAAACUUUGAAUGCAACAUAUGCUUUGAUUUAGCUCAAGAUCCAAUCGUGACUUUAUGGGUCACCUCUUUUGCUGGCCAUGCCUUUACAAAUGGCUUCACAUUCAUUCACAUUCACAAGAAUGCCCAGUUUGUAAAGCCCUAAUUCAAGAAGAAAAGUUAGUACCUUUAUAUGGAAGAGGCAAAAACUCAACAGACCCAAGAUCAAAAUCAGUUCCAGGUGUCGAGAUUCCACAUCGGCCGCCAGGUCAGCGACCGGAAACCGCCCCUCCACCAGACAGAAACGCAUUCCCCCAACAUGGAUUUGGAUUAAUGGGUGGUUUUGGGCCUGCAAUGACUGCAAGUUUUGGGAAUUUUACUUUCUCAUUUGGUGGGUUGAUUCCAUCUUUCUUUAAUGUUCAAAUGCAUGCUUUUACUGGUCCUCAGAUGUAUGGAAAUGGUGGUGGUGGUGGUGUUCAUGGUUUUAACUAUGGCGGCAAUCAUCAUCAUCAUCAUCAUCAUCAUGCACAUGGUGGCCAUCAGCAGAGAGGUCAUCACCAUGAAACAGGUUUUUCUGCAGCUUCACCAAUUCUGAUAAUUGGUCUUCUUUUUCUGUUGGCUCUUCUUUGGAACUGAGGUAAAUUUUAGUAUGAUGUGUCACAUAGUUAUUUGCCAUUCAGAAUGAGAAUUGAGAAGUAUAUCAUUUGUUUUUUUUUUCUUUAUUUGAUUAUGGUAUAUGUAGCUGUUUGUAAAGGUUUGCUUUUAGACCAUUAUUUGUACUUUGAGCAGUGUUUGAUCAUGAGGAUGUUUUUUGGAUUAAACUUACUAGUGUACUUCUAUGCCCCCCUAUCUUGUUAUAGGGUUAAUGUAAUAAUUUGACC